AUGCCAAACUUGGCGGAAAAACAGCUAGAGGACCUUGAGCGUAUUAUUGAUGUUGACACGAGCGGUGGAAAACCAGGUUUAGUAAAGUACUUGCAAUCGCGCAACAGUGCAGAUUUCGAGAAAAGUGGAGGAUUACACUCGCCUAAUGUUGUAUUCAAGCUUCUAGACACAUGUGAAAGAAGCUCAGUUGGGUACAAAUGGGCCGUAGUUGACAUUGUGGCUCAGUACUUAGGCAGAUUUGAUCAUGGCCACGAUUUUGAAUUAUCAAGGACCGCCAUUUGGCGCAAGUUGAUGAGUUUUACAAUGUGGGCCGAUUUUACGGACUUGGACCCGCAUUUAUUGAAAACUUUGUUGUCUUUGGCCUUCAACUGUGACACCCCUGACGCCUGGAAAAGUAUAGCCUUACUGCUAAAAAUUGCAGGUGAUCGCAAAGACAGAUGUAGUCCCAUCCUGGCGUCGCUGGUUCAGGCCAAAUAUCGCGCUGAAAUUGGCCGCACUCUAGAACAGACCCAAAACUUCCAACUCGCCGUCCAUCUCAUAAAAUUUUUGGCGUUUUUGUUCCCGAAAGCUACAGUUUGCAGUCCCGAAAGUGGUCCUCAGAUUUGGGAAGAUUUGCGCCAGAACAAUGCUUUUUUUGGUGACCUGGACUACCCCAGUAAAUGUCUCGGCGGUGAAAUGGCGUUUUGCGCAUUUGCACUGAAAAAGUUGGGACCGUUCCCAAACUUUGGUACUGUGAGGAGUUUUACAUACACAAACGAAGGUGCUAAAACUAAACGCAGAACGAGAUCGGACAUAAAGUACCUUCAGCACAUUCAUGGUAUAAUUAAUCUUUGGCAAACAGGAGCUGAGUUCUAUGAAAUUGAGGUCAAGAAUUUGGCAAUCACAACCACGCUCACAACAGGUCUACACUUAAAGCUGCUGGGAACUCCCGCCACAGUAAUAUCUGCAUCUAACGCUAAGCUCCUUAAAGCUUGGAGAAGUGCGAGCACUUUUCUGGUCGAUUUCGACGAUGACGCUUUAUCUGAGAAAAUUGCUAAAAGCUGCCAUCGUUACAAGGUAAGUGAGGUAACCUCAUACAUUCCUCUCAAUUUCAAUAUCUCGAGCGCAGAUGACAGCGGUGCAUCCCAAAGUUAUGGCUCAUUGGCACUGCCAACACCUAGAAAAGAAACAUCUUCUGUUAUUGAGCCGCCAAGUAAGAUUGAGCCGCUGAGCGGGAAUGUAGCAGAAAAGAUCGCCAGUGCGUCUAGUGUGAUUGUGGCGUCGAAAGUGGUUGCUUUACCAGAGCCAAGUAAAUUAAACGGCAUCUCGAAGCAGCGUAUCCCUAACGGACACCUACUGUUGAAGCCGCCAAACCUGGUAUUUCCCAAAUCUAGAAUUCAAAAGGGAAAGCCGAAAGUGAAUGCUAACAAAAGUGACGAAUGGGACUUUGAUCGUUCAAGCCGCUCAUGCCAGAUCGACAACACGCAAAACUCGUCUAGUAUUUUAGCCAGCACUUCCAACGUUGUAGCAGAUAUCGACGAAUUUACGGAGGCUGAACAGUCUCCAUUGGUAAUGGUCUUGAAGAGAAAACAAGCAAGAGCCAUAACGAAAGGCGCAAAUAACCUGACAAAAAAGCUGACUGCUUUCGCAGCACCCACGGUUUCCAAAAUUGACUCUCAGUGCACAGCGGCGGAAAAGCUCACCGAUGCCUUUGUGCAACCCGUCAAGCAUCAGAAGCCCAAACCCAAGCCGAUCAAUUCCGUUAGCAAAGAGGAUAUUUUGCAGCUAGAUAGCAUUUUUAGUAGCCUGGGGCCUCAAACACACUCGAAGCAGCAUAACCGCGCUGAAAAGGUCCCAGUGUUAGGGUCCCCGGGGGACGCCUCCGAGAGACCCAGGAUUCCAAAAUCCGAAAAGAAGCGGAAGCUAGACAAGAACAUCGAUGAUGACAAGCGGAUGACCCGGUCGCGUCCUCAGCUUGAGGAGAUGCCAGUGGUGACAAAGCCACUGGAGCCUGAGAACGGAAGAAUGAGACAGGAGCCUAAUAAAAACAAAGAGGUGGCUCGCGACGAAGCUCCGCCCAAGUCAGCAGUGGCUGUUGCAGAGUCCACAAAUCUCGAUUCGACGACAUUGGUAACACCAAUGGCAAAUGCCAAGCCUUCGAUUAACAUGGACCUCUUGGGCCCGUCUUUUACAAACCAGCUACAGGAGCAAAUCUUCAACUCAAUAUCCACGUUUUCUGACGGGCUGACACGCAAGAUGAAUAUUCUUAACGAGGAACUCAACCACAAGAUCUGCUCUGAGCUGUCACAGAAGUACCAAAAAAUGUUUGAUCAUUUGCAAGACAGUUUCCACCACGAUGUAUCGCAGAUGUCACAAUUUAUGCUAGACGUCAAAGAUCUUUUACAUCUACCCGAAGAUCAGUUGGUCAAGACCAUCCGCGAGAAACAACUCAAUUAA